CGGGUCGGCCACACUCCCUCCGGAGCUCCGGGGAGGUUCCAGUCCCUGCCCCUCUUGGGUGGGGGCCGCUCGCGCCUCUUCUGUCGUCAGCGCUCCCUCUGCCCUCCUGUCGGGACCCUCGUGACAGCGCUCAGGGCCCACCUGGAUGAGCCGGUGCCCUCCCGUCCUGAAAGCCCUAACUUAAUCCCACCUGUGGCCUCCGUUGCCACGGAAGGGAACACGCGCAGGUCCCGCCUGGCUUCCAGUCUGAUGCCCGUCCCUCCCUGCAAGCGCCUAGAAUGGAGUGACCCUAUGCACUCCCUGCGGAUCAGCGUCGGGGGGCUGCCAGUGCUGGCGUCCAUGAGCAAGACUGCGGACCCCCGCUUCCGGCCGCGCUGGAAGGUCAUUGUGCCCUUCCUCGUGGGUGCCGCCACCCUCUGGCUGCUCUACUCCCACCGCCCGCCGCAGGGCAGGCCCAACGCCCACAGCCACAGGCUAGGCCCACCGACCGCUGACCACUACAACGACACCUACCCCUUGUCCUCUCCCCAGAAGACGCCGGGCGGGACCCGGUACCGGAUCGCGGUCAUCGCCGACCUGGACACAGAGUCCAGGGCCCAGGAGGAGAACACCUGGUUCAGUUACCUGCAGAGGGGCUACCUGACCCUGUCGGACAGUGGGGACAAUGUGGCCGUGGAGUGGGACAGGGACGCAGGGGUCCUGGAGUCCCACCUGGCUGAGAAGGGGCGGGGCAUGGAGCUCUCGGACCUGGUGGUCUUCAACGGGAAGCUGUACUCGGUGGACGACCGGACCGGCGUCGUCUACCAGAUUGAAGGCACCAAGGCUGUGCCCUGGGUGAUCCUGUCCGACGGCGACGGGACGGUGGGAAAAGGCUUCAAGGCCGAGUGGCUGGCCGUGAAGGAUGAGCAGCUGUACGUGGGUGGCCUGGGCAAGGAGUGGACCACUGCCACUGGGGAGGUGCUGAACGAGAACCCCGAGUGGGUGAAGGUGGUGGGCCGCGGCGGCAGCGUGCACCACGAGAACUGGGUGGUCAGCUACCAUGCCCUGAGGGCCGCCGCUGGGAUCCGAGCCCCAGGCUACCUCAUCCACGAGUCGGCCUGCUGGAGCGACACGCUGCAGCGCUGGUUCUUCCUGCCACGCCGCGCCAGCCAUGAGCGCUACAGCGAGAAGGAGGACGAGCGCAAGGGCACCAACCUGCUGCUGAGCGCCACCCCGGACUUCGGCGACAUCUCGGUGCGCCGUGUCGGGAAGGUUGUGCCCACACACGGCUUCUCCUCCUUCAAGUUCAUCCCCAACACCGACGACCAGCUCAUCGUGGCCCUCAAGUCCGAGGAGGAUGGCGGCCGCGUUGCCACCUACAUCAUGGCCUUCACGCUGGACGGGCGCCUGCUCCUGCCGGAGACCAAGAUCGGGACAGUGAAGUACGAAGGCAUCGAGUUCAUUUAGGCCUGGAGGACGCCGGACGGGGCAGGGCCCAGGGCCCGGAGGGCUUGAGCCAAUCAGGACUCACGUUUUAUAAAAACCAGAGGACUACACGUCCAUGUUGUUUCUCUCUUCCCUCCUUUUGGGAACCGGGUGGUGUGCGCCUGGUUUGGAGACCUUCAAGGUAGGGGCCUCAGCCCCAGGUGCAGCCAGCAGCCAAGAGCCAGGGGCGAGGGGCCCGGGACCCCCUGGGAGCCAGACCGGAGCCCUUGGCCUCACUAGGGCCAGAGCAGCUCUGCGCUGCCAUCUGGUGGCAAAAUGGGGUCACUGCGGGCGUCUUGGUGGGGGCCCCUCUCGUUUUAAUCCCACCACGCCCUGUCCGCCAUCUGCUUCUCCUUUCCUUUCUUCCUGUGCGUUCUUCUGUUCAAUAAAUAUUUAUUGAACACCUACUAUGUGUCAGGCACUGUGCCUAGCCCCGGGUACACACAGCACAACAUGGAGCUGCCCUGAGGGGCUCCUGAGCCACCCCCUUUUCUUGCUGCCUUGUGAGCCCCAUGCUUUCUGCCCCUCUCCAGACUCUUGGAGGAGGAGAUGUCUAUGUGGCGGUAGAGAGAGGGGGCACCCCGAGGAGCACGUGGGCCCGCACUGUGCUCGUGUGGAGCAGUCGCUACUUCAUAUCACCAAGUGCCCCAUUUUCUCCCUUCUGGAAAAUUCUUAGCUGGGCAGCACUUUGAAGUUUAAUUAUUAACUUAUUUUAAUUAAAGUAAUUUGCUUUCUUAUAAGACGGAAUCACCCUAUCUUAUCACACAGAGCAGUCUUAUGCUUAACAAAUUCAUUCCCAGCAGUAGGGGAAAUUGUAAUUAAGAAGUUAUAGUUGGUGGGGCAAGUUUUUAAAUGUUUCUGAGUCCUUGUCCAACAGAUGUGUAGAUAAAGAAAAUAUUGCCUUUUUUGUUUUAGCCACUCAGAAAUCAUCAUGCCUUUAAAAUCUUCCGUGAACAACUUGAUUUUUUAUUUCCAUACUCAGGGGUGGGAACCCAGGUUCUGACAUGCUGACACUGGCUGCUCGUUCCUGGGGCUUCUCUGCUCUGGAGACUGUGUGUCCGAGAAUGAGGCCUGUAAUUUCCCUGGAGUUUGCUUCCAGAGCCUUUAUUUCACCCCUCGCCAGUGGGGAUUUUGCAACCUCUUCUCCAUGGAAACUCUUUGACACAAAGUUUGGCUGCCAUUUGGCCCCACUGUCUUUUCUGGCACUCCAGGGUCAAGACAGGGUGUGGGGCUUGGGUCAGAGGUCAGCCACCACCAAAGCCAAGAAGGGAUGUUGCCAUCAUCAGCCUGCAGUGUCCUCCCCAGGAAGCUACCUCAUUUCAGUGUGAGCCCCUCGUGGUGAACUAACACGGCCGGGAGGCCAAGGCCCUCCUAGCUUCUGACUGUUAGUUAAUGUGUUGCUCUCCAACAGCCUCUUCCUGUUUUGAACCCUUCAUCCAGCUCUUGGAGGGAGCCCCGUCAGGAUCCUUCUUUCUUGCCCUGGUUGUCGAUAUCUUCCAGCAGAAAACAAAUAGCAAAAUAAGUGAAAAUAAGCUAUCGAGUGUGACGUGUUUCUCUGGAACUCUGCUCCCACUGGACAUGGCCUGGGAAGAGCCCAAGUCUUUUCUGACUUUGCCUGGCUGUGCUCUCUGGCCUGGCUCUCUUGUAAAUGUCAGUGAUGUCGGAGCUGUGUUGUUUUGAAAUACAGCCGGGACAGCAGGAAGGCUGGAGAUCUGGGGGCGGGCGUUAAAUGGACGCAUUUCUAAAGCAUUUGUGCCGGGGCCUGGCACACACGGUCAGUGCUUUUCAAAGAUUCUAAAGCUGGCCUUUUAUCCCCUUCCCUCUCUGUUCACUGCUGUAAGGAUAAUCGUUGUGCUCCUUGCCUGCUGGAUCCAUUUGUUUUAUAAACAAUAAAGUGUCAGAGGGGAACGUGAA